AUGCCCCUUCAUCUCGCCUCUGUCGGCUCCUCCUUCGCCUCCGGGCCCGGCAUCCCGCCCGUCGCCAACAAGCACGCCGGCAGAUCCGCCGUCAACUACGGCGCCCUGCUCGCAGAGCAUAUCGGCGCCGCAAAGUUCACAGACCUCACCGUCGCCGGCGCCACCCUGCUCAACCUCACCAGCGAUCCCCAGAUCGUCGAGGGCGACCCAGGCGAUGCCAACGACGACCCGGGCCACACCUUCCCACCCCAGCUCACCCAGCUGCCCGCGGACGCGGACAUCGUCCUCGUCCUCGGGGGCGGCAACGACCUCGGCUACAUCGGCAACUUCUUCGUCGACGCCGCCCGCGAGCUGCCCUACCUCCGCACCGCAAUGGGCCUCCCCGCCAACUCAACCCCAGACGACGUCCCGGACCUGCCACCCCCGCAAGACCACAGGUUCCUCACCGACCCCUUGCAGGCCCUGGCAGGACGCUACGCCGAGAUCCUCGACGCCAUCCACGCCGCCGCUCCGGGGGCCCACGUGCUCGUGGUCGAGUACCUCGCCAUGCUGGGCCCGGAGACGAGGCCCGGGAUCGACGUGCCCUUCUCCCCGGCGCAGAUGUCGCGACACCAGGAGAGGGCGCGCGUCCUCGAGCAAGCCACCCGGCUGGCCCUCUCCGAGGGAGGCGAGGCCCGCGACCAGUGGUGCUCCCUCGUGCCCGUGACCGAGCUCAGCAGAGCGCGGCACGCCAUCGGGUCCCCCGAGCCCUGGGUCUCGGCCAUCUCACCCGAGCUCGUCGAGACGAUGGGCGCCUUUCAUCCCAAUGCUCAGGGCAUGGUCGCUGUCGAGAAGCUGGUGUAUCAGAAGCUGGUCGAGCUGGGCAAGAUAUAG